AGAUCAGAUUUUAGUUUUUAGCCAAAAGGGUUUGAAUUGAUUUGGAAAGACGGAAGGAAGAGCAGAGAGAGCAAAAGAAUCAAGUCGUUCGAUUUGCAAAGGAAAUCCCUUUUCCCUCCACCAAUCUGACAGAGAAAGCUUCCAAACUCUCUUCCUUUUUCCUUUUGAGAGGUCGAGAUGCAGCAGCAGCAAAAGAAGAAGAAUUUCAGGAAAAGAAGCAGUAUUCAAGAGGAAGAAGUAGAAGGGGAGGAAAACCCAGUAAAAUCCGAUGACGAACAAGAAAGAAGAAUGGCAUUGGAGGAAGUGAAAUUCCUGCAGAAACAGAGGGAAAGGAAAUCAGGAAUCCCUGCAAUUUCUAGUACUAGUAAUAAUGUAACAUCACAAACAACAACAAGCGGUGGUGCUGUCAUUGGUGGUCUUGGGUUUGGACUUGGUUUUUCUAAAGUGGGUAACAAUCGAAAUAUUGUUAACGACACUAAUAAUAAAAAUGACGCCACCGAUGCCGAGAAGGAAGACCUCGUACUUCAAGACAACUUUGCUCAAGAAACUGCUGUCAUGGUUGAGGAUCCCAAUAUGGUGAAGUAUGUGGAACAAGAAUUGGCCAAGAAGAGGGGCAGGACAAUUGAAUCCACGGAUCAAGUUGAGAACGAAUUAAAGCGUGCUGAAGAUGAAUUGUACAAAAUUCCUGACCAUCUUAAGGUGAAGAGGCGAAACUCAGAAGAGAGCUCUACUCAGUGGACCACUGGAAUCGCUGAGGUUCAGCUUCCCAUUGAAUACAAGUUGAGAAAUAUUGAGGAAACAGAGGCUGCCAAAAAGCUUCUGCAGGAGAAAAGGCUCAUGGGUAGGCCAAAAUCAGAUCUUAACCUCCCCUCAAGCUACAGUGCUGAUUAUUUCCAACGUGGCAAGGAUUAUGCUGAAAAACUUAGAAGAGAACAUCCUGAGCUGUACAAAGAUAGAAGUUUACCAGAUGAUGGUGCUGGUUCCAAACAAACUGAAACUAGCACAGAUGCAGCUGGACAAAGGCAAGCUGCAACAGAUCAGUUCAUGCUAGAGCGCUUCCGUAAACGAGAACGCCACCGUGUGAUGCGGAGAUAACAUGCUCUUGAUUCUUGCAGCAGCACCUGUUACAACUAAGUUUGAAGAAUAAUUUCUGUACUGUGUCCGAUGAUGUCAUUUAUGCUACAUUGCAGUUGGUUAAAUUUUGACACAUAAGUCAUGUUGCAGUAAAAUUGUUGUAAUCAUUAAUCUUUUUGAUGAUUUGUACAUUAUUUGAAUAGGUUUACAUGCCUAUAUUCUGCGGAUGACAACUGACAGUCCUUUCAUUAUUAGGUUCCAACUUCUUUCUGUUUUUAACAACUAACAAACUUUCCUAAGGGAGAAAGAUUGUCUCUAUUUAUCCAUAAUGCUUUUGAUCUGCCA